AUGUUAUUUAACUUUAUUAUAGUCACUUGUUUACUGCUCAUUUCAGCCGAAGAAAACAUCCAAGAGGGUUUCUGUGAUGCAUCGACGGAAACCUGCCAAGAUUCAAACAGUGCGCUGAAGUUCUUGUACUAUGACGUGAAUCCGCCCGAAGGCUUCAACCUGAGACGCGAUGUUUACAUGAGGUUCGCGAUAAUGCUGGCGGAAGCGCGGAAAGCGGGCAAAAAGCUCGACUGGCGAAUCGUGCUACCACCCUGGCAUCGUAUGUACCAUUGGAGGACGGAAGGAAAGUCUAGCCAACCGUUGCCCUGGAGCGCGUUUUUUGAUAUCGACUCGCUGAAGUCAUACGCCCCGGUUGUGGAACUGCAUGAAGUGUUUUCGACGCCUGGAAACCGACGGUUAGAGAUCGACCGCCUUUAUGUGCUGCAAAACUAUGAGAACGCUUUCGAGAAUGGCGUUUUCGAGGAGAAGUGGCAGCUUGUAGAGGACUGCGGAUACGACGGCCGCUAUUGGGGCUACACAAACGUCACCGCGAAGGAGGUUGUGUGUGCGAACUUCCAGGGGAAGAUCUCCAAGCUGUGGGAGCUGGUGUCACUGCAUCCAUCGGACAGGUCGGUCAUGUUCGCUCACGGUGAGAUACCCCUGCACAGCGCAUACGGCACCAAAGCGUACUGGGACUGCCGGAGGAGCAUGAAGUUUAACAGGUCUCUAGUUGAGGCUGCUAAACAAUAUAUAUCCCAAUUUCUCAAAUGCAAGGUUGAGAAAUGCACAUCUUACAUUGCUGUCCAUUGGAGAAGACAGGAUUUCGCAAGAAGCCGAAAAAGAGAUGUCCCAUCUAUACAAGGCGCUGUUAAACAGAUAAAAGAAGCUUUAGAGAACCAUGUACCUAACAUCCAAAGGAUUUUCAUUGCAACGGAUGCAUCAGCUGAAGAGGCUAAUCAAUUGGAGAAAGGACUUAAAAAUUUUGGGUAUAAAGUUUAUUUUUAUACACCAAGUAAAUCCGAAUUAAGUGUUUAUAGAGAGGGUGGUGUUGCAGUCAUUGAACAGAUCAUUUGCUCACAUGCCGCAUACUUUGUUGGUACACACGAGAGCACUUUCUCCUUCCGCAUACAAGAGGAGAGAGAAAUACUGGGAUUUGAUAGCAGAACUACAUUUAACAGGCUUUGUCCCGAUACGGGCAAAUGUGAGGAGCCGUCGAAAUGGACUAUAGUUAGU